UUUACAUUGCGCGUCAUUUUGGGAUUGUUGUUGUUAUUUUCAGAUUUUCUGCAAAAUCAAUGCUAUGCAAGAUAAAUUAAAUGUAUUCUAUUGAAAAGUGACAACAUAUCGAUCUGUUACUCAAGAAAUUCAAACAUUGUCCAAUUAAUAUUCUAAGAAAAGAAGCAAAAUGGACCCGACUAUGGAAUCUUUGACUCAUUCUUCAGUUGACCUAAGUUUUCCUCCAACGGAGUCAUCGGUGCCUUCUGACCAAGCAAGCCAGGGUAGUCAAGAAGGCCCAAUUUCAUUGCCCAAUGUUGGACCAUCAGGAAAACAUGAAGAAUUCUCAGUUGAGAAGAUUCUCGACAGAAGAGUGAAGAAUGGAAAAGUGGAGUUUUUACUAAAGUGGAAGGGUUAUUCUAAUGAAGACAACACAUGGGAGCCUGAAGACAACUUGGAUUGUCCAGAGUUGAUAUCAGCAUAUGAGGAGGCUCGUCUGAAGAGGGAGCGAGAGGCAGCCGCCGCUGCAGCGGAGGUUGAAGAGGGACAGUCGGCUCGCAAGAGGACUCGGAGAGAUAAGAAAAAUAAGGACAAGAAAAUUGAGGAAAUCGACAAGCCCAGGGGCUUAGCUAGAGGUCUUCCUCCGGAGAAAAUCCUUGCUGGUCAGCUCUUCCAUGGCACCUUGUUCUUUUUAGUUAAAUGGCAAGGCUGUUUGGAGCUUGAUGUGGUACAUGGACAUGAAUUAGGUGAAGCAUUCCCGGACUUCGUCAUCAGCUACUAUGAGCGGUGUGCGCCCUUCAGUGUAAGGCAUCCUAUUGGCAAGAUCCCAAGGCUUGCUCCUGAGCUACCAGAACCAGAGCCAGAACCGACUCCAGCAGCAGAAGAAUCACCCGUGGACACAUCAGAGACAACACAACCCGCUGAACCACCAAGUCUACCAGAUGUGUCACAAAGUCUGGAAGUCCCACAGGAGUUAAAUAUGACAGUGCCAGUACCGGAGCCUGCAGUUGGCACCGAUAUGCCAGCACUCGGCGUUGACGAACCUCAACAGUUGGAGGUGCCCGUCAACUAACACCGAUACACACUAGCAGCACGCUGUAAUGGCCGUUCUGACAUAACAAAGUACAGCAAUUCACUCCGUGAAUAUAGUUAUAAAUUAAUGCGAUACCUGAUGAACAGAAUAAACUACAGCUUUUUGCUCUUAACGUAGUUGUUAGUUAAUACGAAACGUGAUGAGUGGGACAAACGUCAAAACGGCCGUCAUAUGGUUGUUUAAGUUUAAUAAACAUACACAUAUAGAUAUAUUGGAGUGACAUAGCGCGUCUAUUAUAAGUUGGCAAUGAUGCUGAUUCCACACCAUCUAAUUUUAUUUUAAGUUAUACCGGCCAACUCCCUCCUAUCCUCUUGGGACAUAAAAAGACUGAAACGUGCGAAUGUACUCACGGACUAAUGAACAAUGCAGCGCUGGCCGUAUAGUUUAAAAAAAGUGAAAAUAACAGAACAGAUCUGAUAAUAGUCUAGCGACUGAUGGCAGAUAACAAAUAUAAAAAAGUUAUACCUGUUUUCUUAUCUGAUUUCCGCCACGCCAAAACAUCGUCGUUGGUCUAUAAACUAAGUACUCGUACCCUGCUCAACUGUUACCGUCAUAAUAAUUCUAAAUUAAAACGAAAAAUAAAAUUAAGCAACUGUAGCUAGAAAGAUAUAGAAAUGCCACUGAAAUAAUUAUCAAUUUCGUAACCGUCUGGGUGUUUUACCAACUUAUAGACGCGCUGUAUUUUAUCCUAACCUCAUGUUUUUUUCUGCGAGAAUAAAAAAUAUAUAAACGUAUAAAAUAUACGUAUUAUUUCGUGAUUGUUCAUUAAUUAAGAGCUUUUUUAAAGAGAAAAUUGCAAGAAAAAAAUCUGUCAGAUGUAGAUUAAUUUGUUACAGUAUACACUUUGGCACACACUUUGAAACAAUAGUGACCAGACCUCGCGGUACGGCAACCGUACCGCACGCGGCGCGAAUUAUAUCGAGGGCUUUGAGCAAUAGCCGUACGACGUCUAUCCACGUAGAUAGCGUUAGUUGCAUCUAUUCGUCGAAACCCUCGAUAUAAUAAGCGCUGCGCGCGGCAUGGUUACCGUGCAGAGCCUGCAGACUUUAUUAGUUACUAAACAAAUGUAUUUUUUUUUCACCUACUUUUAUAGUUUGUGCAGUUAUACUACACAAAUUAUAAUGUAACUAACCUAUAAGUCGCUUUAUCUUCUACAUUUACCCUAUUUGAAGAUAUUUGGACAGGUCUGUCAGAUGAAAUAUUUAAUAAGAGUUGUAAUAUUUACUAAAUAUAUUCAGAUUAUGAUAAAAUAUUUUUUGUAAUCUUCAUUAUUGAAGAAAAUAGUUAGUCAAAUAGAUAUUUAGGUUAGUAUCUAAGGUUUAAUUAAAUGUUGUUUCGAUUUAAAAUAUUUAAAGCUAAUUUCGUAUAAGUAUUAAACUUUGUAAAUUCGUACUUUGAAGCAAAUAUUUUGAAACUUCUGUAAUUA